AUGGUCCGCAACCUCGUCGUACUGGGGGGCAGCUCCCACCCGUCGCUCACAGAAACCAUUUGUGACCACCUUGGCCUUCCGCCUGGCAACGUACUUCUCAGCAAAUUCAGCGUUGGCGAAACUAGAGUCGAGAUCAAGGAGAGUGUUAGGGGCAAAGACGUUUAUAUAAUCCAAUCAGGAUCAGACAAGGUGAAUGACAACCUCAUGGAGUUGCUCAUAACCUUAUCAGCUUGCAAAACUGCAUCCGCGCGAAAGGUUACUGCAGUUCUGCCGCUCUUUCCUUAUUCGAGACAAAGCGACAUCCCGUACUCAAAGAGCGGCGCGCCAUUGUCAAAGGCGUCGAAUUGUUACAACAAGCCGAACUUUGCCUACUCGUUUGAAAGCACACCAUCAACGCCCCAUCCAGACCUACUCCCGACAGCGGGAUUGGACGGUGUAGACGGGUUGAAUAAGGAUCUGAAUAAGUGGCAGCUGGACAACGCUCGUUCUGCCAACCAUCAUCCUAAGCGUAGCAACACGAUGGACUCGACAAAAUCUGAUAUCUCUACCCGUCUCAACAUAUCGACUGAUGAUGCAAGCCAAUCUUCAAACUCCUCGAAGGAAACUUUUCAUGCACGGCCGGGCUAUACGGCUUGGGUCUCACAGGCAGUAAGUUUGGAGCCCACAUUUCCACCUCUGAGCAAAAAUAUGAGUCAACAGACAUACAAUGCUGACUCUCAAAACUUUAUCCAGGGGACUUUGGUUGCUGAUCUGCUCACGUGUGCCGGCGCCGAUCAUGUCAUCACCAUGGAUCUUCACGACCCUCAGUAUCAAGGUUUUUUCGACAUACCAGUGGACAAUUUGUAUGGACGGCCAAUCUUGAAACGCUAUAUCCAGACGAGCAUCCCAAAUUACCAACAGGCCGUCGUCGUCAGCCCUGAUGCUGGAGGUGCCAAGAGAGCCACUGCCAUUGCCGAUAGUUUGGGAAUGCCUUUCGCUUUAAUCCACAAGGAACGACGACCCACCAAAAUCACAGACCGCCAGAACGCGACCAUGAUGCUUGUUGGAGACGUUGCGAAUCGUACAGCAAUCCUCAUCGAUGAUCUAGCAGACACAUCAAAUACUAUCACGAGGGCUGCUAAGCUUUUGAAGAAAGAAGGCGCCAAGAAGGUCUAUGCCUUGAUCACGCAUGGAGUGCUGAGCGGAGAUGCCAUCGAGAGAAUCAACGCAUCUGCCUUGGACAGAGUCAUUGUGACCAACAGCGUACCCCAGGAGGAGCAUGAGAAGCUAUGCCCAAAGCUAGAGGUGCUCGAUGUGGGCCAUGUAUUCGCAGAGGUACCGUAUCUAGUCGUGACGCUAUGGCCGGAAUUAACGAACAUCCAGGCAAUCCGGAGAGUUCACCAUGGGGAGAGCAUCAGCGUGCUCUUCCAAUAUGAUUGA